AUGGGCAAACAAAAGAAUGCUAAUAUAAGAAAAUAAGGCGAAUUCUUCGUACCAGAAUGGCAGCGCCCGAUUUACUAGACCCCAAAUCUGCAACCCAGAAUGCUAAACCAAGAUUGUCCUUUUCUGCAAAGCCGACAGUUUUAAGUUCAGGAGAUGACAGCGACCUGAAUCCCAGUGUGAUGAAAUGGAAAACCGCUUCAGUAUAUUUUCUGGUAGUGGUGCUUUAUUUGAUAAUCGGCGCCACAGUGUUUCGAGCGCUUGAACAGCCUACAGAAAGCUCCCAGAAGACUGCGAUUAUUAUGCAGAAAUUGGAGUUUCUGGAAAAGCACAUGUGUGUCAAUUCUCUGGAGCUAGAAUUAUUGAUUCAGCAUGUGAUGGAAGCUGUAAAUGCAGGUGUUAAUCCGGCAGGAAACUCUACCAAUCAAAGCAGCCACUGGGACUUAGGCAGCUCCUUCUUCUUUGCUGGCACCAUUAUAACUACUAUAGGUUUUGGAAAAAUUUCUCCAAUUACUGUAGGUGGAAAAAUAUUCUGCAUUAUUUAUGCCUUAUUAGGAAUUCCACUGUUUGGGUUUUUACUUGCUGGUGUUGGUGAUCAGCUAGGAACUAUAUUUGGAAAAGGAAUCGCUAAAGUGGAAGACAUAUUCCUUAAAUGGAAGAUCAGUCAAACAAAAAUCCGUGUAAUCUCCACUUUCUUGUUCAUACUAUUUGGUUGUCUAUUAUUUGUGGCUAUCCCUGCUAUGAUAUUUAAACACAUAGAAGGCUGGACAGCUUUGGAGUCUAUCUAUUUUGCAGUGAUCACUUUGACAACGAUUGGGUUUGGUGAUUAUGUAGCAGGAGAGAGUCCAGAUAAAGAAUACCUAGACUGGUACAAACCUGCCGUGUGGUUCUGGAUCCUGGUGGGACUCGCCUAUUUUGCUGCUGUUCUCAGUAUGAUUGGAGAUUGGCUUCAUGUUAUAUCAAGAAAAACACAGGAAGAGGUUGGGGAGAUGAGAGCUCAUGCUGCUGAAUGGACAGCCAAUGUCACAGCAGACUUAAAGGAGACACGCAGAAGACUGAGUGUGGAAAUUUAUGACAAGUUUCAAAGAGCUGCAUCCAUCAAAAGAAAACUGUCCUCAGAGCUGGGUGGACAGCAAAUGCAAGAAUUAACUCCAAGCAAGAGAACAUUAUCUGCCAAUCUACCUGACGGAAAAGAUACCUUGCCCACUUUAUCAAAGAAUGGUGGUCUUUAUCUCAAUGGGUUAAGUUCUCAGUUUGCCAGUGAAGAUAUCUCAGUUAUUGAAGACAUCAAACAGCAAACAUGAACAAUAAUUAGCAAAUUAAUAGGUCAAAAGAUGAUUGCUCUCAGAUAAAGUCUUUAUUGAAAUCACAAGGUUGAAAGUUAAUGGUGCUGUAAAAGAAUGUAGUUUGAAGUUCAUUCUCUUCAAUUUAUAUUUGACCUGACUUCAAUUUUGAUCUGUAAAUUGCUUUGUAUCUACAAAUAUUCUAAUCAGUGCCUUAACUUUUGGCAGAUGCAGACCUUGACAUUUAUGUCCUUUGCAUGUCUGUACAACUUGUUUGAAUAAUUGUUAAUUUUCUACUCACAGUAGAUUGUAGAAGAAUUAUCUGCAGAUUUCUGGGUUGAAGCUGAACUUGAAGAGCAUCAAAACUACACUCACAACCUAAGCUUAGAUACACUGCAAUUGAAAGAGUUUUAAUAAGGGCCUUUGAUAAAUCGGAUUAAAUUCACAAUCACCCUUUCAAAUGAGCACAUUGCAAAUUAGUUACAAUGCAAAUUAGUUACAAGGCAAACUUUGGCAAAGUAUAAUAGAUGUUUUUUGAAAAAUCCAAGAUGAAGUCCAGUGUUUUCAGAAUUUAUUUUGAAAUGGCUCUAGCAUGGGUUUUGUGAAGAAAUGGUAAAUUAGAAAAUGUAUUAUUUCACAAUAUUUUACAUUAUAAUCAUGCAUAAGAUUUAUUGUUACUAUUAUGAAUGAAAGUAAUAUUUAUUUGUUUGGCAUCUAUGAUAUGCUGUAAUAUUCUACCAAAUUAAUAUUGGGUGCAUCAUUGGUUUAUUAUCCUGUAAAUUAAGGUAUAAUUUUUACAGAUCUUAUAGGGUAAAGGUAAUUGUUGUCUGUGGAUAAUAAAAUUUUUUCCUGGAAUUAAUUUCACCAAAUAAUAGAUAUAGGAAUAGCUUACAUUAAGAAUAUUCCUCUGUUCUACAUAAAACCUAAAUUAUUUAUUUGUACAAUCUCUAUUUUGUUUUGGAGCAAGUUGCAUUUUUUUAACAAAACUCACAUUGUUCACAGGGGAGAAAAUUCUUCCUUUGUGCUAUGCAUUAUUUAUAAACAGGUUUAUGAUCUGAUCACAAACUGUGCAAAGAAAGAUUUUCAUGAAAAUGUUCAAGUCCAGCAAAAAGUUAAUAAUAUCUUGAUGGCGAGGAGAACAGGUUCAUUGUGGUGAAGAUGUGAAAAUAGGAGCAUAUUCUCCAAUGGUACCAUUGAUUGGAUGAGGACUAAUUGGGUGAGAGCUAAGAUAUCCAAUCCACCCACAGUCAGAUGGAAACUCAAUUUUAACUUAGGAUGGUCUUGAGGCCAAAUAGCCUUCAGGAGCAACACACACAAAAUGCUGGAGAACUCAGCAGACCAUGCAGCAUCUACGGAAAAGUGUAAACAGUCCACAUUUCAGGCUGAGACCCUUGAUCAGGACCCUUCAUCAUAUAUGCUGCCUGGCCUACUGAGUUCCUCCAGCAUUUUGUGUGUGUUGCUUUGGAUUUCCAGCAUUUGCAGAUUUUCAUAUGUUUGAAUCUUCAGGAGGCCAGGCAGGUUGGUCAUCCAAUCCAGUUCCAGAUAGGUAAUAGGAGCAUAUCCAGUAUGCUCACAAGGGCAGGUCACAAAAUAGAUGACUAAUUUGCACCUAGCAGGCAGAUGAGUUAUUAAAAUCAUUUAAUAUGACUGCAAGCCUCUAUUUUUGUAGAAUUUUAAGCUUUUGGCUGGCUAUGUCAGAAUUAAAUAGUGAAAGGGAUUUAUUCUAUUCAUGAAACAAAUGCUAGUAGGAAGGGAAGUGUUUCUUGCACACCCAACAAGCUUACCAGCUACACUCUAUACAAUGGACUAAUAUCUUUCAUUAUGUCUACACCCUCCACAACUCUGAUUUCUUUGCACAGUCUCCACUCACCCACAAGCCCUUAAACUCCUGAAAUUCAUACAAUAUUGGCAAACAUCAAACAUUAUGACAAUAUUUUUCUUGCCACAAACCAAUGCCCCCAUACUAUAAUCAUUCCCCAUUAUCUCUCAAACCCAGAUACUCACACUCUUUCCUUACACUACUGUAUUAUCUCCCCUCCACCCAACUUCUUACUUCUCUAUUGCUGAGUAGACAUAAAUGUCUGAGUAGAUAUAAACAUCUACUCAGUCAUUCUUAGUGUGCAUUCACAUAGUGUUAACAUGAAGUGCUUUAAAUUUAUAUAGUCAUUGAAGUUGUAAAGUAACUCUAAACUGAAGCUGUAGUCGAGGACCGUCCUCCUAAUUAGUAAGUACUGAGAUUGCGUGAAAGAGGAAGUUUAUGCUCCUGUAUUUGAGUUAAUUUGGCCCUUUAUUAUUGAUUGUUUUACUGCAAAGCUAAAAAUUAUUGGUACCAUUGCUAAAUAACUAAUUUCAGUUAUUUUUAAGAGGUGAUUCGAAUAGAAAUUGUAACUAUAAAGGAAUAAAUUACACUUAAAUAUCAACUUUCAAAUUGUCCUGAAGCAGUUUACAAUGUAUGGAAAAUACUUAUUUGUGUGAAAUAUUUAUUCUCUAUUGUAAUGAAGAAAUACAGUAACUUUUUGUACAUUAACAACUGCAUCAGAUAUUAUGCUUCAGAGGUAGCUUCACUGUUUUUUCUCUUUCCACAUAGUUCCACUGCAUCUCUCACAUUCAUUUGAGAAAAUUGGUAACACCUCAGUCUAACAUUUCAUCUGAGUCAGUAUCUCAGACAGUGUACUACGUUAUCAAUGCUGAAUCAUUUGAUUCAAUUUAGACUUUACUUUUCAAGUUCCAGUAAACCCAUGCCACUUGACUUAGAAUUGAGACAUGGCACAGUAUUAGGCUACAAUAACUCAUGGUUCUGUAAGGCAUGUUUCAGCUCUAUUAUCUCUUUAUUCCCCAAUUUCAAUAAUUAUCCUGUCAGGAAAAGUCAGGUCAACCAUCUUAUGACACUGGUAAAAUCUUUUAUAUCCAAACAUGAAAAACAAUGCAAUGGAAUUUCAAUUUCUUUAACCUUCCCUUCCAAUAAUUUUUAAGGAUCAUAAAUAAGAUAAAGUUUUGAAAUCUGAAUAUAGUUUUAAAUUAAGUUCUAAACUGACAAAUUUGGAAAUUCUGUUACAAAUAAUGUUGUGUACAUGCAAUUUUUCCUAACACAACAAUAGCAAAAACUUACAUUUAUCUAGCACGUUGAAAGGAAACAAUAAGUGUUAAAAAUAAUAAAAAAAAAUGGGUGUUGAGCCAAGAAGAUGGAUAAUCAGGGAGAUUAAAGCAUGCUGUCACAGGAGUCCACCUGCUAACAUUUAUUUUCUUUUGCUCUUAGCAGGGCCAUUGUAUAUCUACUCCCUGCAAACAAGUGUGUCACAUCAUUAAACUUACAUUCAAAUUCUCAUCAGUAUCAACUUUGCCUGCUGGCUAGUGAAAACAGUUAAUGGAAUUAUUGCAAAUUUAAAUAUAUUUUAAUACCAAUGCAUCCAAGAAUUUGGACUACUCUGGUUAAAUAGGCCACCCUUUGAUGGUGUACCACCUAGCAACAAUAAAAACCCGUAAAUUUCAUUGAAGUGUAUUAUGUUAGCUAGCGUAAAUUUGAUUAGGCUCAAUGUCACCAACGAAGUGAUGCAGCUCUUCAUCACAGACUGGGUUUGGUUUUAUGGUAUAAAGUUCAACCAUGCUAAUUCACUUUACAAUGAACUGAAAUGUAUGUAAUAUUAUUAAGAUUGAUUUUAAGUAAUUUGUAUUGUAAGUAUAAAAUAUUAAGGUAGUAUAUUUAAACAGUAGCCUUUCAUUUGAAAAUAAAUUAUAAGCAUGAAAUAAAAU